AUGAUGCCUAUGUACAUGAACUCAUCGCAACCUAGCCAGAUGAGACCACAAGGACACCAUCAUCAAGGUUUUGGAAACUAUUCUCAACAUAAUAUGACAAUGGAUGCUUCAUCGCCUGUGUCAUGUGAACAUUGGCCUACACCAUCACCUUGUUACGGAAGCUGCAUCCAUGGAAACUUUCCUGCCUACACUCCUUACUGGCCUCCUUGUUAUCCUCCACAAGUACCACCGUACCAUACAUGCUGCGCGAACCAUCCAGGGUUCCAUCCUCACGCAUCUCCUUAUUACGUCCAUCAGCCAUUUCCAGGUGGUUAUCAACCAGUGUAUGAGUCUGAGAAGGAUGUGACUGGGAAGCGUCCGUGUACGAAUUGUUCUUCACAAAUGUGGUACCCGAAGAAUGACAGAAGCGUUGUGAUUGAAGAGCACGAGCCGGAGAUUGAGAAAGGAGACCACGGAGGAGAGGCUGUAAACCAUGUUCGUUCAACCAACUGUCCUUAUCCCAUCAUAUGGAUUCCUCAUGAGAAUGCUAGGAAUCAAGAGAGCCGAUGUCCUGCUGAGAUUAAAGUUCCUCAGAGUACACAUCACAAUGACCCAAAGUCUUGGAAUGGCCGUUUUCCAUUCGACGAGGCCACCAUGAAGUCCUUAUAUGGAAAUCAAGACAGGAAGAGGAUACAAAAUGGGAAAACUGGGGAACUUCCAUUUGAUAUCAGCAAGUUGAAAUCUUUGUUGCAGGGUCUAGACGGGAAGGAAGCGCAGAUCCAGAAGAACAAGGAAGAGCCGGGACAGCUUCAGUAUCCUAUCUUCUGGAUACCAUCUCGUGGGAAACGGGAAGAUGUUGAAGCUCCUGAGAGUAGAGAAGGCAGUAACGGAGGGCUCCCCUCUGAUCUCCACGUCAAUGAAGGUCAAAUUGCACAACAGAAAGGUGAAGAAGGAAAACUUGAGUGCAAGCUACUCUCGGACGCGGAUGAUAAAAGCUCCAUGAGAAACAUCCCUGUAGUGAAGCACCUACAAGAACCGAGAAACAUUCCCGUCAAACUAUCAGAGAACCAUCUGCCGAAACCAACGGCGCCAACCAGAAGGAUUGCAAAGAACGAGCAAGUUGAGAACGCAAAGAAGGAGAAGUCUUCUUCGUCUUCACCAAAAGCAUCCACGUUGCCUCCUGUUUGUCUGCGUGUUGACCCAUUGCCGAAGAAGAGAAAUGGUGGUUCCAAAUCUCUAAGCCCUCCUAGACGAAAGGAACAACUUUUAACGACAGAAGAGACAAAGGUUGCAUCUCCAGUGAGCUCCAAGAAGACCGAAUCAAGGACUGUUCCUGAAGCUUGUGGUGUAAAAUGUGAAGAGGCAAGCAAAGAAAAGAAGAUGUUUGAGGAAUGCCUAAAUUCAACAGAAACAGAAAAGGAAUCAGCUGAAAGCAAAUCAAACCUGCAAGAAGGAGCGAGCAUUGAGAUUGUUAAACCCUGUGAAACUAAGGAGGAAAAAGAAAAGCCUGCAAAGAAGACCUUUGCAGAAGAGGAAGCUGCUAGAAUUAUCCAAUCUAGGUACCGCGGUUAUGAUGUGAGAAGAUGGGAGCCAAUCAAGAAAUUGAAGGAGAUAGCCACUGUCCGCGAGCAGAUGGGUGAUAUUAAAAAGCGUAUGCAGGCCCUAGAAGUUCCUACUGAUCAGCACACUGAAGAAAAGGAGAUGGUAAUUUUGGGAGAAAUGGUGAUGAGCCUUCUCUUAAAACUGGAUUCUGUCCAGGGCUUGCAUCCUAGUAUCAGAGACUUUAGAAAAUCUUUGGCUAGAGAGCUCUCGGACAUGCAGGAGAACCUUGACUCCUUGAAAAAGAGCAUUGCGGAGAAGGAGGCUCUAGAGGAACAAGUGGAAAUCACUUCUCAGACCAGUGAUCGUCCAGUGAACUUGGAGCACAGUCAGCUUGUAGAAGAGAGCACAAUAGUAUCUGACUCGAAUACAGAGAAGGUUGAUCCUCCUUAUCCCGAUGAACAUCCUAUGAAUAUGACGGACGAACAACAACCGGUGUCUGAAACAGAAGAAGGAACUGGGUUCUCUGAGACUUCAACGAGGGAUACUGAGCCAGCUGCUGAUGCAGGCAUAAGUGAAGCAGACUCGACAACCAUUCCACAGAAAAGUGAAGCGGUUGAGGCUGUUCUACCAAUCAGUUCAUCGUCAGCUGAUGGAAAUGAAGUGACGAACACUGAGGAAGACAAAGUCAUGGUGGAGAAUUUAGAGGAGCCACUGCAGGAACUGCCGCAAGUGAUGGAAAUGACCCAUGGACCUGGUUUUGAAGUCCCAGAAAAUGCUACAGAGGUCUCUGAAACUGAGAGUGAAGAGAGAAAGGGAGACGAUGAUUCCGUAUUGUCUUCAGAGAAAGAUGUGGAACUCUCCGAGCUACCUGUUGGAGUGAUUGACGAUGAAAAAACACAGUUUGCUUCACAAGAUUCAAUUCUCUGUACUUGUGAAGCGGAAAAGACGAUAAUGGAUCCUCAAACAGCGAGCCAGCAGGAGACUAAUGUUGAUCACUCGUACGAUCACUCCGAAGGCAUGAGCGAAGAGACUGCUGCGUCACAGGAAGAGACCGAACGGCCUCUACAGACAGAAGUCAUUGGGCCUCUAGAGACAGAAGUCACUGAACACGAGAUACCAGAAGAAACAAAAAAGCUAAUGGAGGAGAACCAGCGGUUCAAGGAAACGAUGGAGACGCUAGUGAAGGCAGGCAGAGAACAACUCGAGGUCAUAUCGAAAUUAACGGGUCGGGUCAAAAGCCUAGAGAAGAAACUAUCACAGAAGAAGAGGACUCGUAUUGGACGUCGUAGACCCAACCAUGGAAAAGACGCAACCAAACCUUUGUCUGAAAGUUAUAGUGAGAUGUCGUAA